AGCAGGGUCUUGGGGCGGCAGGAAGGAGCCCGAGGCACCACUAUUUAAGCCACUUUUCUCCAGGGCCAUGGACAGAGCAGGGGACCCAGCAUGGAACCGGGCCUGGCCUUCCUGCUUCCCCUCUUCAUGGGGCUCCUCCAGCCAGGCCGCGGUGACAGCGUCCUCUCCGUGCGCAACGCCUCACUGUCGUCUGCGGGGACCCGUGUGUGUGUGGGCUCCUGCGGGAACCUCACCUACCAGCACACCGUGCGACUCCUGGUGUUUGCCUUCCCGAACCAGCUGACUGUCUCCCCAGUGGACCUGGUGGCCGGGCGGGACCAAGAGUUGGCCUGCACAGCCCACAACAUCACGCCUGCCAGCCCUGAUGUCCUCUCCUUGUCCCUGCUCCUGGGGGACCAGGAACUGGAGGGGGUGCAGGAGCUGGGCCUGGAGGACGAGGAGCCCCAGGAGGGCGAGGACCCGUUGUUCCAAGUGACAAAGCGCUGGCUGCUUCCCCCCCUGGGAACACCUCCACUCACCCUCCACUGCCAGGCGACCAUGAGGCUGCCAGGCUUGGAGCUGAGCCACCGAAAGCCCAUUCCAGUCCUGCACAGCCUGACCUCCCAGGAGACCCGGGUCACAACCUCCCUAGAGGCCAUCCUGGAGCAGAACUCCACCCCCAGCCCCAGGGGUCCUGGGAACAGCCCCACGCCUGGGAACAGCUCCACCAGGCCCUGCCACCCUGAGAUCCACCAGUCGCCAACACCAGGGGGUCUGGAGCUGCUGUGUGAAGCAGCCUGUGGCCCUGGCACAGCUGUGCAUUGGACCCGGGCACCCGGCGAUCUGGCAGCUUACAAGAGGAGGGAGGACGGGGCCCAGGCUUGGCUGAGCGUGCUGUGGGCUGGAUGCAACCCCGAGGGCUGGUUCCAGUGUCGCCUGGACCCAGGGGGCCACACAGCCAGUCUGUACCUACUCCCAGAGAUCUGCUCCCCACCAAUGUCCGAAGCCCUGUGGAUGGGCAGCCUGGUGCUGGGGCUGCUCCUACUGACGGUCCUCACCUACCGCCUGUGGAAAUGCUGCCAGCCCGCCAGGGGACCGCAAGGCCCACCAGCACCUCUGAAGUGGCCUACCUUUCCUUCAACCCCGUUGUGACCAGAGGACGAUUGCAGGGUUCUGGGCAGCAUGAGGGCUGAUGGGGCGUCCUUUACUCUGAGAGCCAGAACAGCUAGGCCGGGUUUCCCCUGGUGGGACCCCUGGGGACCUGCCCCUCCCUCCAACUGGAGAAUAAAGAGCCUGUUGUCUGACCUCAGUGGCUUCUGUUGUGGUAGGAGGACCCUGGACUUCUCUGCCCCGGGCAACUCCCCCAAGAAACAGGAUAGACAGACACCCCAGCCCCACUAGCCUGGGGCAGGAGGAGUGUGCACUUUGCCUGGGGAGGGAGAAUACAAAUACUGUGCCUUUCCCUGGAUACAGGGAACCCGGAACUCUAGAAUAACUAGGAGUCAUCAAAAGAAAUGGAGAAUGUAUGGGGGCGGGGGGCAGUGUGGAAAAAGACACAGAAGAGAUGGCUUAUUAAGGGAGCUACGGAGGAGACAGCCGAGAGAGAGGCUAGAUAGAACUAAGAUCAGCAGGUGCCGGGGACGAGCCUGUGGGCCCUGGGGAACGAUGGGGGUGUUGAGAGCCCUAGAGGGUACAGUGUGAGGAAGGUCACGGCCUGGGAUGGGGAACUGGGGGCUGUGGGUGGUCUACUCACUCCCCAAACACGCAAGGGGUCUAGGGGCCGUGGAAGCCCCGAGCAGACCGCAGCCUGGGGGUGGCUGGGGCCGGGUCCCCACGCGGUGAACUAUAAACUCAGACCAAGACUGGGUUGGGCUGAAGUCCAGGCUGAGCGCAAAAGUCAGAGAAAUGAGACAGGGCGGCGCUCAAUCCUUGAAUCCGGGUGGGUCCAUCCCCUCUCAAGCACGGCCAGGGGCUCCCGCAACCGAGGAGACUGGUUGCUAGGGAACCAUGCAAGGAAGGACGCGCCCACUACCCAGUUGGCAAGCAGUCCGGCUUCAGGUCAGAAACCAGGCCCUUCCUUGGGAGCCGUUUUUCAGUCUGGCAAAGCUCGGGGCCUAAGCCAGGAAAGGCAACCAGUACGCGUAAAGAGGGAACUGGAGGGGGAAUGCCAACUAGAACCUAACGGAAAGGGCGGCCUGCAUUACUGAUUUCCCAGUCGCCCAGAGGUACCCGGCGUCCUCUGCCCUUAACCA